AUGGCUUUAAGAAGAACAGAAAGGAGUGCAAUAUCAAGCAAUAGUGAUUUGGCACGUGAAUUCGAGCAUGAUAGCAAGUGGGAGGAUUCAUUUGGUGGCCACGACAGCGGAUAUAUUUUUAAAAAACACAGUGAAAUUAAUAACGACCGGCAUGGGCAUUACGAUGCUGGAAAAGCUGAGAAUGAAGAACAUGCCAAAAUCUUGAAAAGUGGAGGGGGUAAACAUGCCGUGGCUGCUGCUGAAGGCGGUAUAGAAAAGCACUCUGAUGGAGCUAAUGCUCGUGGUAAAGAUGUAAAGGCGAAGACUUUCGGUUUUUUCGACUAUUUCUAUAAGCAGCCAGAAUAUCAUAUUGAACAGUUUUACACCGAUGAGAAACAUGGCCAUAGAUUUGGAGCUGAUCAUCGCAAUAAAGCAGUUAAAGAUCAUUCUAGAGAUUUGCAUGAAGCAGCCGAAUGGAAUAAGCAACAAAAUCGACAUCAUAGUGGUGCAUUUGGAGCAGAAACACAAUCGCAUGCAGCUAAUGAACAUUCUAACUGGAAUCACGAUCGUCAUAAAGCAUAUAAUCAUGAGAAAAGCCAAAGUUUUGCAAAAGGUGAACAUUCAGUUUCAAGCGAGGUUCAUUCUAAUUCACCUGGCCAACAAGAACAUCACACAUAUGGCCAUCUUAAUAGCUAA